AUGUCCAACAUUGGGAAGCUUUGGAGUAGGGAGUGCAUUGUGAUGCAUGGGAUUGACGCUACAAUAGUUGCAAGUCAUCAAUUGUUUGGAGGAAUGACAUUUGAUCAGAUAAUUUACAACUUUCCCUUUGCUGGAUUUUUCAAGGACUUAUCUCGCGAGACUCAAUUAAGAAAGCACAGAAGACUCGUGAGUUUGUUUCUUAAAAAUGCUAAAGCGAUGAUUUGUGAAAAUGGUGAAAUUCACAUAACCCACAAAAUCAACGAUUUUCAUAUAGAAUGGAAGUUAGAAUCACUUGCUUCUUUCCACGGGCUUAGGCUCAUUGAGGCUGUGGAAUUCGAUCAGUCUGAUUACGAGGGUUAUAAAACAAAGUGUGGAUUUGGGGGUGACAAUAAUUUCAAUUGUUACCCUAGGAAAACCUACAUGUUUGGUCUUAAAGGGGCACAAGUUCUUCUAUUAAGUUAG